GGGCUCUGACGCGCAAGCCCCAUUUCUUUUAACCCUAGAAAAAGGAAAGUGUGUGGUCCAGGGACCGGGCACUGAAAGAUGCCUAAGGAUUGCAAUGCCUUCCACGCCCUGUCGGCAGUCCUGUGCUGCUUCUAUCACCGCAAGCCGUUCCUGGGAGCCAAGCGUUGUCCUCCGUUGGCCCGGAGAAGCGGAGAGCGGUGCCGCUUUGAAAAGGAAUGUUCGCUUGCCUUUCCGACCCCUCACCGUUUUGUCCCCAAGGUGUCAGAAAACCUCGUGCAGCGGGAUGGCGACUUCCUGGUUCGUGACUCUCUGUCCAGCCCCGGGAACUUCGUCCUGACCUGUCAGUGGAAGAACCUGGCUCAGCACUUCAAGAUCCACCGGACGGUGCUGCGGCUCAGCGAGGCCUACAGCCGUGUGCAGUACCAGUUUGAGACGGAGAGCUUCGACUCCAUCCCCGGCCUGGUGCGCUGCUACGUGGGCAACCGCCGGCCCGUCUCCCAGCAGAGCGGCGCCAUCAUCUUCCAGCCCAUCAACAGGACGGUGCCCCUGCGCUGCCUGCAGGAGCGCUACGGCACCUCCCCGGGCCGGGCCCCGGACGGCAGCCUGGCCGACGGCAGGCCGGACGUGGGCAAGAGGCUGAGCCUCACCGUGGGCGGCGUCCAGGCCCGGGAGCAGAGCUCGCCCAAGGGAAACCUCCUCAGAAAUAAAGAGAAGAGCGGUAGCCAGCCAGCCUCCCUGGAUCACAUGCAGGACAGAAGAGCCUUAUCCCUCAAAGCGCACCAGUCGGAAAGUUACCUGCCACUUGGCUGUAAGUUGCCCCCGCAGUCCCCGGGGGUGGACACAAGCCCCCGCCCAAACUCACCGGUUUUCAGGACGGGCAGUGAGCCCACCCUGAGCCCGGCAUUGGUUCGGAGGGUCUCCUCGGACGCUAGGGCAGGGGAGGCCCUGAGGGGCUCAGACAGCCAGCUAUGCCCCAAGCCGCCGCCCAAGCCCUGCAAGGCACCCUUCCUCAAGGCUCCCGCGUCUCCAUCCACCUGGCUCAACUCAGACGCCAACUACUGUGAACUGAACCCAGCCUUCGCUGCGGGCUGCGACAGGGGGGCAAGGCCCCCCCUCUGUGCCCAGGACAGUUACGUGGAGCUGCUAACGGCCAAGCAGAACGGGGUGCCGGGUCCCCGGAACUCCGGCACCAACUACUUGAUCCUCGACGAUGACGGGGCAGGGCCUUGGGCGGCGCCGGCCGUGCAGAUGGACCAGGGGCCGGAGGAGGAUGAGGCCGAGUUUGUGCUGCCCCGUCUGGAGACGGCCUCCUCAUUCAGACCCAAUGACUUUGAGUCGAAGCUCCUUCCUCCUGAGAACAAGCCCCUGGAAACAGCACUGCUGAAGCGGGCGAAAGAACUGUUCACUCAGCACGACCCCAAGGUCAUUGCCCAGCACAUGCUGAGCACGGACUGCGUGGUCGUGAGGAUACUUGAAGUGUCGGAAGAGAUGAGGAAGAGCAUGGGCGUGAGCUCAGGGCUGGAGCUCGUCACCUUGCCUUAUGGCCACCAGCUGCGCCUGGACAUAAUUGAAAGACACAACACAAUGGCCAUCGGCAUCGCAGUGGACAUUCUGGGCUGCACGGGCACUCUGGAGGACCGAGCAGCCACCCUCAAUAGGAUCAUCCAGGUGGCGGUGGAACUGAAAGACUCCAUGGGGGACCUCUAUUCUUUCUCGGCCAUCAUGAAAGCCCUGGAAAUGCCGCAGAUCACAAGGUUAGAAAAAACGUGGACUGCCCUGAGGCAUCAGUACACCCAAACUGCUAUCCUCUAUGAAAAACAGCUGAAGCCUUUCAGCAAGAUCCUGCACGAAGGCCGAGAGUCUACGUGUGUUCCCCCCAACAAAAUAUCAGUCCCACUAUUGAUGCCUCUUGUGACCUUGAUGGAGCGCCAGGCUGUCACUUUUGAAGGAACUGACAUGUGGGAAAAAAAUGACGAAAGCUGUGAGAUUAUGCUGAACCACUUGGCCACAGCCCGGCUCAUGGCAGAAACUGCAGACAGCUACCGGAUGAAUGCUGAGAGGAUCCUGGAAGGUUUUCAACCAGAUGAAGAAAUGAGUGAAAUCUUCAAGACUGAAUUUCAAAUGCGAUUGCUAUGGGGCAGCAAAGGUGCACAAGUGAAUCAGACAGAGAGAUAUGAGAAAUUCAGCCAGAUUUUAACUGCCCUCUCACGUAAACUGGAACCUCCUCCUGUAAAGCAGGCAGAGCUUUGAUAACUCUCCAGAGAACCUUAGGGUAUUAUUUGAAACUUCUCCAGUUUCCUCUGUGGGAAGGCUUAUCAUUUGAUAAAGUAAUAAUGUGCAAAUCUGACAGUAUACAAGCUUUUAGUAUCCACAGGAUAUUAAACAUGUAAAUUACACAGAACACACUUAUUUAUGAAUUGUUUAAAAUUACUACUGAUUUUAAAAUGAUAAUUUAUUAUGAAGGUAACUAUUGCUAAUGUUGAUCAACAAAUUUAAGAGAAGACCUAGCUAUGUUGGCUGGUUGCUUUCUUUUUCUGAGGUAUUUGACCAUUUUAGUUUAAAUUCCUUGUCAGAUAAGUGUAAAUAGAAAAGAGUUUAAAAGCAUGAAACAUUAUGGAAGGUAUCAGUUGUAUGAUAUUCUUUAAAUAUGAAAAAUGUAAACAGUCAUAUGAAAAUAUAUCUUUUUGUGAAAUAAUU